GUUUGUUUCCUCCGGAUUUUAACCCUGAGGUUUCCGUAUUCACCUCCAGAGGUGAAAUACGGGACUUAUGCAAUGUCUUCAACCUUACCAGUAUUUUCUUACACAAAUAUUUCAGACGUACAACUUUUGAAAAUACACAUGAUCCCACUAUUUACACGGCUGUCAGUAAUAUAUUUCUGAUUAUAUGAAACAUACAGGACCAGCAGCUCGUACUGAGACACCGAGUGGCGACAAUGAAAGCGUUUUACCAUAUGUCAAAGAAGAAGGCAGACGCUGCUCUUGUGCUGGUACUUCCGCAUUGGCAGUCACAGUAUUGCAGUGAGAGAUGAUGGAUCCUGAGGUGUCAGUGCUACUGCAUUGUGCAGCCUGGAGGGGGCUGCUGGAGUCUCAAGUGCAGGUGGAGCUUUCUGAACGAUUUAACAGGCACACAGAUCCACCUCUAGAGCGUCAAAUCGAGGAGACGUGGACAGAGCGGGUGUCCAAGGAGCCAUGGCUUUUCAACGGGGCCAAAUUCAGACUGCAUUCCUUCUGCUUGGCCUUCCCUAAAUAUCCCUCAACAUCCGCUGUUUCUCCUGAACACCCACCCAGUAUUCAUUCAUCACAGGUCCCCUCUGUGUACUGUGUAGAGGAUCAAGGCAGCAGAUUACACUGCAGGCAAAGACAAGAGGAUUUAUGUGACAGUAAUCUUCUGUGUGAUGCUGCUCAGAACAGAAAUGUAGAGGAUGUUAUCCAACAGACACCUCCUACACUGGGACAGACUUCUUCCACUUGUGAGUGCAGGGCAUCAACAGCUGAGCUGCCUUCACACUCUGACAGAAACACAGAUGAUCAGGAGACCAGGCCCCUCCUCACUCUGAGACUCGGCCUUACGUGCUAUAAAGACUACCUGGGAACAAACUGGUCCUGUCGAGUUGAAGAGCUACGUCAGCGUGGAGAGGCAGAGUUCAGCGACCCUCUGGCACUGCUGUCUCAGCCACUGGGCGUGGGGGCUAUCCUGUGUACAGAUGAUGGACAGGUGGUUUUGAUUAGGCGGAGUCAGAGGGUGGCAGAGGCUGGGGGGCUCCUGGACAUCCCCGGAGGUCACCCAGAGCCGAAGGUGGUGUGUGAGUGUCUGGGCCAGGCAGUGUGGGAGGAGCAGGUCAGUUUUGCUGUGAUGCAGCAGAGGCCGGAGGCUGUCGUCUCUGAACUGUUCUCAUCUGUGUGCACCGAGAUCAGAGAUGAGGUGAAUAUUCCUCUGAGCUCUCUCAGGGAACCGAUCCUACUGGGUGUUGCUCUGAAUCACACCAGCGCUGGAAGACCAAGCGCAGAGUUCUAUGUCAGUUGCUCACUGACAUCUGAUGAAGUCAGAAAGUUGUACUGGAAAGGAGGAGCAGAGGCCAGUGAGUCCACAGAUAUUGUCUUCCUCAGCAGAACUGAAGUAAGACAGCUAAACAGAAGCAGCCCUCUCUGGUCAGAGCUGUGUCCUUCAGCUAAAGGAGCCGUGCUGCUUUAUCAGACAGUGCUGAUACCAGAAGAUGGACUCAGAUGAUCAAAUGAACACACAGAAAAUCCU